GGAACCUACAGAAGACGUCAUGUUCGCCACGCUCACAGCCCUGCUCUGCCUUGGGCUGAGUGUGGGACUGAGGACCCCAGAAGAGGCAGGAAUCUACAGAAAACCCUCCCUCUCAGCCCUGCCGAGCCCUGUGGUGACCUCAGGAGGGUUUGUGACCCUCCGGUGUAUCUCAUGGCAGGGAUUUGACAGGUUCAUUCUGACUAAGGAAGGAGCACACAGGCCCUCGUGGACUUUGGACUCACAGCAACGCCACAAUGGGCAGUUCCAGGCCCUAUUUCCUGUGGGCCCUGUCACCCCAAGUUACAGUUGGACAUUCAGAUGCUGUGGCUGUUACAGGUAUAUCCACCAGCAGUGCUCAGAACCCAGUGAUCCCGUGGAGCUCCUGGUUCCUGGUGUGUCUGGGAAGCCCUCCCUCCUGAGCCAGCAGGGCUCUAUCAUGACCUUUGGACAGAACUUGACUCUCCAGUGUCUCUCUGACAUCAGCUAUGACAGAUUCGCUCUGUCCAAGGAGGGAGGACAUAACCUCCCCCAGCGCCUCAGUGAACGGCCCCAGACUGGAUGUUCUCAAGCUGAUUUCCUCCUGGGCCGUGUGAGCUUGUCCCAUGGGGGCCGGUACAGAUGCUAUGGUGGACACAAGUUCUCCUCCAAGUGGUCAACCCCCAGCGACCCCCUGGACAUCCUGGUGGCAGGAGUACUCCCUGACACACCCUCCCUCUCGGUGCAGCCAGGACCCACAGUAGCUGCAGGAGAGAACGUGACCCUGCUGUGUCAGACACGGAGCCAGAGGGACAUUUUAUUUCUGUCCAAGGAGGGGACAAUGGUUUCCCCCCUGCGUCUUAGAUCAAAGUACCAAGCUCAGCAGUACCAGGCCCAAUUCUCCAUGAGUCCUGUGACCUCAGCACAUGGGGGGACCUACAGGUGUUACAGCUCAUUCAGCACCUCCCCUUACAAGUUGUCACACCCCAGUGACGCUCUGGAGCUCAUGGUCUCAGGACCCUCAGGGGACCCCACCUCCCCACCCCCAGGGCUCAAGGUAACAUCUGGUGAGUCACAGGGGCCUCUGUCCAGAGAGCUCACAGUUUCUCCAGGCCUGUCUCUCGAGACUCAGCUGACCUGACUCCUAGUCCCUCUCUCAGCACAGCUUGUCUCCAGGGGCUGGGAGUCAGGCAGAGAUGGGGGGUCCACAGGGCUCCAGGGCUGUGAGGCUGGUGGAUGGUGGGUGGGGUGGUCACGGCAGAGGGAGAUGUUGGGUCUCAGCCUUGGAGAGGCUCAGCCGUGUGAAAUGGAGAGAAGUGCCCCCCUCACCCCCAAUCCUGAUCCCCAGGAGGCUCUGAGGAUCAAUUCUCCACAACGGAGUCAGGCCAGUGGAAGGGUGUCCAAGGUCUCAAACCGUACCAGAAUGUUCUGAUUGGGAUCUCGGUGGCCUUCGUCCUGCUGCUCUUCCUCUUCGUUCUCCUCCUCAUCCGACAUCGACAACAGGGCAAA